ACGUCUCCUCGCUCAGGUGUGGAGUGUUUGCUGGCACCCCGCCCUCACGUCUCCCCUCUUGCCCAGGCUGCCGUUGCUCAAUCGGUCCCCGAUUUCACAAUCGCACAUGGGGACAGUCGACAGCCGCAGCAGAGCUGAGUUCCUCAAAUGUUUUCCUGUGUUUGCCAGGACUAUCCACUGCUCUGAGUCAUGUAUAAGUGGGAAGUUGAGCUAAAACGGUCAGGGCUGGCUGAGCAGUGAACAAGAGAGGGAGUGAGAGAGGGAACUCGGAGUCUGGGCGCUCGCUUGCUCGCUGCUCUUGCCCCGGCUUGGGCUGCAGAGGCAGGCGGGGAGAGGAGCGCGGAGCCGGAGGAGCCGAACCAGAAGCGCAGAGCGAGCGGAGCUGGCUAGCGAGAGGAGGCUGGCGAGGAAGGAGCCGGCCUGGGAGCGGAGAAGGGAGCCGAGACAGGGGCGCGGAGUCGGCUGGGAAGCACAGCGCUCCCCAGGGAUGGGGACUGAACCUGAUAUGACGAAUGGACACUGGGAGAAGUGAGACCACCCAGUUGGAGAAUGGUGUAUUAGAAGAGGAGGAAGCAUGCUGUCUGUCAUCCUGGUGCUCUUGGCCGUCCCGUUCUUGGCUCUUGGGGACCAGCUGGUCCCAGAAGGCUGUCCCAGACUCGAUGUGCCAGGUGAUAAGCUGAGCCAGGUGCUUGGUGCCCCUGCCACUCUGACCUGCCUGGGUGGGGAAUCGGAGCCUAAUGGCACCAUUCACUGGAAACUGGAUGAUAAGCCCAUAGGCCCACAGCUUGGCCAAAGGGAAAUGGUGGGAGGAAAGCUACUACUGAAGUCAGUGCAUUACAGCGACUCAGGAAACUACACCUGCUACCUGGAUGGCCGCCCAGUGAAGACCUUGCCUUUGCUAGUGGUUGACCCUCCUGAGGAGCCCGAGUGCUCGUGCCGGAGGAAGAGUUUCACCAGCGGUGUUUGCUGCGAAUGGAGCUUCCAGAGGAAACCGUCCCCACAGACUAAGGCCGUCUUGGUAGUGAGACAGGUACAGAAAGAAGAGACUUUCCAGAGGCCGUGUCACUACUUGCAGGAAUCCCAGAAGUUCUCUUGCCACUUAAAUCUUGGGGAAGAUGAUGACUCCCUCUACUUGGCUGUUUUAUGUGUUGACAACGGGGUGGUGAGGAAGUCCAGUAAAGCCUACCGAUUCAAGGGCUUUGAAGUGCUUCAACCAGAUCCUCCAACCAACAUCACAGUAACAGCUGUGAACAAAAGCCCCCAUUGGCUCAAUGUCACCUGGAAAGACCCGCCUUCCUGGAACUCCAUUUACUACCGACUCCAAUUUGAGCUGCGUUAUCGGGCUGAAAAGUCCAAGGCUUACACAGUCAUCCAGAGGAAGGACCAACACUCAUUGAUUAUCAGUGAUGCCUUGAGGGGCAUGAGGCAUGUUGUGCAGAUCCGGGCCAGAGAGGAGUUUGAUCAUGGCCGAUGGAGUGAAUGGAGCAAGGAGAUCGUGGGCAUCCCAUGGACAGAACCCAAGAACUUUGCAGCUGGGACGGAAUUAUUCAUUUUUACACAGGUGCCUACUACCUCGGAUGACUACAAUGAAAGCCUUUCCCGAGAAAACCCUGAAGGCAUCGCUAACACUUUGCCAGUGCCUGGCUCUAGUCAUUCACCCUACACAUUCCUACUAGCUGGUGGAAGCCUGGUCUUAGGAAUGGUUCUCUUCGUUGGCAUUAUCUUGAGGUACAGAAAAAAGUCGAAGUUGACAGCUUUGAAAGAAGGCAAGCCAAAUGUGCUCCCUCCAUAUUCUUUGGGUCCGUUGGUCCCUGAGAAGCCCCAGUCAACCACGGUGCUGGUUCCCUUCAUCUCUCCAUCAGAGUCUGCCAGUAGCUCUGAGCCUACCAAUGCCCCAGGGCACAGUGGGAAAGACAUCGUGGACCUCCAGAGUCCUUACGACAUUACCAACAGAGACUAUUUUUUCCCGAGGUAGACCCAAACAUGCAUGGAGCAUUUGGGCUUCAGGUAGGCCAAAUUCUGUGGCACAAAGGAAGACUGAAUGAACUAUCAAGAAAGAUGCUUCUCAAUGUCAUUUCAGUCUACCUGCUGAUGGGGCUGGUGCUUUGGGUUUCUCCUGACUUAUUGCUCCACUGGGGAAGCUGAACUGGGCUCCCUCAGAGAACCAGAAUGCUUUUUAGGUCCAAGAAGGGCUUCACGCAGUGAGGAGAUGGUAUUCUGGGAGCAAAUGGAUUGAUUCCCACCAAGCAGGAGGAAAAGGUGGUUGGAUUUCAAAACCACCAUGUCUCAUGAUCCUCUGAGUAACUGGGUUGGUAAGCCACCCCAGAGAAAGAGACAUACACAAAUGCAUAUGGAGGGCCAUGAGCCCAAAAGGCUAUGCUCCCCUGACAGGACACAGAGGAGGAUGGGAAUGAGGGGCCAGCUUGUUCCUAAGAACAACAGGACUAAAGAGAGAAGCUGUUGAUGGUCUGGACUCAACCAUCAACAUUCCCUCAUCCUCAAGGCAUAUCCCUCUCCUCAUCUGGACACAAUAAUUUCUAGCAUAUCUGCCAGCCUGUCACUUCCUGUGGGCAUAUGUUCUUGCCCAAUACACACUUUUCACCAUCCUACCAAGGUUCUUGGUAGAAGAGUUGUUGAAGAAAUUCAGCUUUUCUAGG